UAGGGCGUGCCGCCAUUCGCGCAUGUGUUGGCGCUCAGCGUGCCACGCACGCUUGCGCCUUCUGCGUCCGUCACGCGCGUGGUCCUUCACUUCUUCGCAUGCCUCAAGGACUACGGUCUCCCAUUAUGCGCGUGCUCCCUUGUCGCCCGCGUUUCUCGUGCGCUGCUCCUUUGUGCAUGUCGCGCGCACGUCACCGCUAGUCGCUCGUGUCCCGCUCACGCGCGCCGAGCACGCACUUCCGCUGGCCAGCGCCCGUUCGCCCGAUACGCACGCCAAUCGCGCACAUCCGUCCUUGUCCACUUCUUGGCCAGUCUCGCUCGCCUCACGCGCACUAUACUCAAUCACACAGUUCCGCGACUAUCACGCUGAAAAGUUCUCAGGGCAGGGAGAUCCCCGCAUUGUAGAUGAAUGGAUUCAGGGCCUAGAGUUCAUCUUCGAGGUCAUGGACUGUCCUGAUAGGUAUCGCGUAAUCUGCGCUCAACUUCAGCUCACUGGUGAUGCACGGCUCUGGUGGAAUGCCUACUGGAGCAUGCGUCCCGGUGAAAAAGCGGGAUGUACGUGGGAUAUGCUCAAGGAGCUAGUCCGCGAAAAGUACUACCCCUCUUAUUAUUGGGUAGAGAUGGAGCGUCAGUUCUUAUCGCUCCAGCUGAGCACUCGUACGGUUGAUGAGUACGAGAGAGAGUUCACUAGACUUGCAGCUUUU